AUGACGAUGAGGCAGUUCCUGACGAUCGCCAUAGGCGUCUUGACCACUGUCAGCGCUCUCUCGGACCCCGCUCAGAUUGUGAUUCCGGCAAUAAUAACACCUCAAACGACGGAUCCUUUGGAGUCAUGGUUAGCGGCAGAAACUCCGUAUGCCCUUGAUGGUGUGUUGAACAAUAUCGGACCGAACGGGGCCAAGGCGACUGGCGCUGGUUCUGGCAUCGUCAUCGCUAGUCCUAGUAGAAGCAAUCCGGACUACUACUAUACCUGGACUCGAGAUGCCGCUCUCACUGUCAAAUACCUCGUUGAUUCUUUUGCCGCUGAUAACGACCCUGCACUCCAAAGAAUCAUAGAGAAUUAUAUAGACUCCCAGGCGCACUUGCAGACCAUCCCUAACCUUUCUGGACGUCUUUCAAGCGGAGGCCUGGGGGAACCCAAGUUGAGGGUGGAUGGAUCGGCAUUCCGCGGCUCCUGGGGCCGUCCACAGAGGGAUGGGCCCGCGCUGAGAGCAACAACAUUGAUAUCCUACGCAAACUGGAUGAUUGGUAAUGGCCAAUUCUCUACGGUUGAGUCAAGCGUCUGGCCAAUCAUUCAGAAUGAUCUUUCCUAUGUGACGGAGUUUUGGAACUCCUCUACUUUUGAUCUUUGGGAGGAAGUCCGCGGCUCCUCAUUUUUCACCACGGCAGUCCAGUAUCAAGCCCUUAGCCAGGGUGCUGCCCUUGCCCAAAGGCUUGGUAAACCCUGUUCAAACUGUCAGUCACAGGCACCGCAAGUCCUCUGUUUCCUGCAGACUUACUGGACUGGCUCGUCCAUAUUGGCCAAUCUGGGUAGUGAUCGGUCCGGGAAAGAUGCCAAUUCCAUACUAGGUAUCAUACAAACUUUUGACCCCAACGCGGGCUGCGACGAAGAGACGUUCCAACCAUGUUCUGAUCGGGCGCUUGCAAGCCACAAAGAAGUUGUAGAUUCCUUCCGCUCGCUCUAUGCGAUCAAUGCAGACAUCCCUUGGGGCCAAUCUGUAGCCGUGGGUCGGUACCCAGAGGACGUCUAUCAAGGUGGACACCCCUGGUAUCUGUGCACUUUGGCUGCAGCUGAGCAGCUAUACGAUGCACUUUACCAGUGGGAGAGUUUGGGAUCCCUCACCGUUACAAACAUAAGUCUUGCGUUCUUCCAAGAUCUGUACCAAUCAGCUACAGUUGGAACCUACGCGAAGGACACCAGCACAUUUGCCUCUAUAACUGCAGCAGUUAGGGCUUACGCAGAUGGAUUUCUCCGCCUCGUGCAAAAAUACACACCACCGAACGGCGCCCUCGCAGAACAAUUCUCGCGCUACGACGGCUCUCCCGUCUCAGCGCAAGACCUCACUUGGUCAUACACCUCCUUUCUCACUGCAAUUCAGGCCCGAAGAUAUGCUCUCAAUCCUCGCGCAUCACAAAUCCAAUAUCUCCCCUCAAACAGGACCACUGCCCUCCCCCAAGUCUGCUCCCCUUCCUUCGCACGAGGGCCCUACCGCCCCGUUAAACAUAUCAAGUGGCCCAGUCCAGAGUGCAUUUCCCCCCCGCGUACCGUAGCAGUUCGGUUCAAUAUCUUGGCAACCACCGUUAUUGGCGAGGACAUCUUCCUCGUUGAUUCUAUCCCCGCGCUGGGCGAGUGGGAUGCUUGGAAUCAGGCGUUGACGUUGAAUGCGAAUGAGUACUCGAGCAUCACGCCCUUGUGGUACGGGACCGUGAUUUUGGAUGCUGGGGAAGAGUUUCAAUUCAAAUUCAUUCGGAAGAGAGUUGGGGAUGGCAAGGUUAUCUGGGAACAGGGUCAGAAUCGAGCAUUUGUGGUGCCAAACGAGUGUGAUGUUACCAAUGCCACUAUCAAUGCCGUGUGGAGAUGGUGA